GCAAAGUGACAAGAUUUCUGCAUUAUUAACUGAAGGAACACUUGAAAAAACACCGCUUGUCAUCUCUGUGGCCUUGAAAAACAUUUACAGAGAACCCAAGGACGAAAGAGAGAAAAAGAGAGAAGGCCCUUAACAUUUACCCUUAGGAACCCCAGUAUUCCCUCCUAUUUUGCAACAACAACAGCAAAACAACAACAACGAAAUUCUCACUUACCAAUCCAAUCGAAAGAUCACCCAAGGAAGAAAGAGAGAGAGAGAGAGAGAAGGCCCUUAAUAUUUACCCUUAGGAACCCCAGUGUCGCGUAGCCUGCUAUGUUAGGGUGCUGUCAGUCACUAGGGCGUGUAUCAGCUAUGGAUAAGCCCCACCCAUUGACUAUCCAGCCCUGCCACGACCUCAAGGACACCACUAUAGAGACGCUGGACAAUAAGGAACGCGAGGAUCUAGAAGGGAAGACGACGGAGGAUGAUGAAGAGAAAAAUGACUCUGCAAAGGAUUCAGUCAGUUCUGAGAUCCUAGAAGCCCCGCAGUCCUUGUCCAUUGACGGUGAUGAUGUGUCCUACAGUGAAGAUAACAGCCUGGAUAACAACACCUUCAAUAUUAUCAACACCGAGGAUUCACAGAGCCAGGAAGUGAGUGAUAUGACUAAUGAUGAGUCCCCGAUGCAUAUCAACGAAAACGGGGAUGUCAGUGGCGCCAAAGAAAAUGUGAGUUUUAAAAGAGAGACUGAUGAGGAUUCCGAUGAGGAGCUGUCUUGUUUGGAAGAAGAGGAGGAGGAAGAGGAGGUGGAGGAGGAGGAGGAGAGCGACGAGAGUGGUGAUAGUGAUGGAGGAGAUGAAAGUGACGAUGAGAGAGAAUUUGAUAACGAGUCUUUAGAUGAUGAAAAGAACUCAGACAGUGCUAUAUGCGUGACGGACACACUGCCACCUCUGGACCUCCCCGACCCACCGAAGGCCAUCCCGCAGAGUGCCAAACAGAAAACGGAGAACACCAAGCCAGCAUCACCACAGAAAACGCGACGCAGGUUAAGAUCUGUGGGGAAAAAGGAGAAUAGAGAGUUUACCAUUGAAAUCUACGAGUCAAGACGUAAACCGAUUGACAUACCAGUGAAGAAAAACACGGACACAUCCCCAGGGAGCGACACACGGAGCCCAAGCAACCCUGUGGUAUGCCAGCGCCCCGGGGACUGCUCUGGGCUCCCUGGUUCAAGCCUCGUCAGCCCAGGUUCCAGCCUCACCACCCCUGACUCUGCCGAUAACACCCUAAUCGUGUCUCUGGAUAUCAGUAAUGCCACGAUUAGAGAAGAGACAGAUGAGAGUGACAGGUUUUCCCCGCUCAAGACGCCCAGUGAUGGAGGACUUACACCUGGAUGCAAGUCAGAUACUGAACUGAAGGACAACAACAAUCCUACAAAACCAACGAUUUCUACCACAACCACUGCUACCACAACCACCCCAACCAGCACUACAACUACUACAACUACUACUACAACCACCAGCACAACCACAACCCCGCAGCGCCACGGAAACGAAGGAAAAAAAGAAAAAGAAAAAGAAAAGUGUUUGGUGACUGAGAGGAAGGAGGCAGAAAAAGAAGAAAAAGAGAAAGAAAACGAAGGAAAAGAGGAAGAAGGAGGAGGAGGAGGAGGAGGAGGAGGCAGAAGACAGUUCCCUAUGGCUUUUACUAUCGAUAUAAGUGAUAGUAAUAGUACUAGUGGUGAUAGUAGUGUUAAUAAGAAGCUGGAUAUUACUGGAUCGAUCAGCAGGUGGGCUCCCAAACACAGGAGGAAUUUAAGCUUGACCAAGGUGGAUGAACAUAAGAAGGUGGAGGAGCGCGCCUCGAAGCCCCCUCUUGGACGCCCCCGGAGCGGCACGGUCGGGGCUGCGGCGGGGCUGGCGGGGCUGACGGGGCGGCGGGGCGGGGCGGGGUACCACUCAGAGGGCUACUUCUCCUCCGACCAAGACGACGAGGGACCGAGGAGGGCUGAUCUGAAGUCCCCCCGCUCACCACGCACCCCAGAGCUACGGUCACCCCAGACACCCCAGCGACUCGUGCGUUCAUCCUCACAGGACUCUGCCAAGGGAACCAGCCUGAGAAUGCUCAACACUCCGAGCCCCCACAGCCCCCACAGCCCUGACAGCCCCACAGCAGCAGCAACAGCACGCACCUCACCCUUGCAGCCCCCAAGCCUCACCCUACAUGAAUCAGCCUCCUUCCUGCUGGAGAAAAUGAUGACUUCCGUUCCUGAAUCUCUGAGGAAGCAGGGCAGCAAGAGUGAAGGCCGGGCAUGCUGCAAGACUGAGAAGAAACCAACAGUAGCUGAAGUGACCGGCAGGAACAGAGGCGACAAGAGCAAGGCAAUGGACAAGGUGGGGGAAGGCCGCAAACACAACAAUACUGGCAACAACAGUCUGUGCGGCAGUAACCACACACUAGACAUGAAGCAGAAGGUGCCAACACAGGACGCUGCCAAGGAGGAGAAGGACGAUGUGAGUGAGGCUGGAACAUACACUAUAGAGAAGGACUCGUCGUCGCCGGAGGUGGAGCAGGCGAGGAGUGACAUUGAUAGGGUGUUUGGGGUGUCUGGAACAGAGAGUGAGGUAGAGGUGGGGUCAGCGCUCACCCCCCGUGGUCCCCCUCCCCCUGACGAGCCUUGGACACAUGCAAACGCCAUUGAUCAGGAGAAAUAUAAGAAAUCUGGACAGAGAGAAAUGAGUCCAGGAAGCUUAAGCCGAAACAGCCCAAAUUGGAUCCAGCAGUGGGCGGCGCAGGUGGCAGAACACACCAAGGGCACGGAACACAAGGAUCACAAGGCAACGCAGGGCACCACUCGCUCCCCACGCAUUCCCCCCUCCCUCUCAUCAUCCCAGGAGAGUGAGGGAAGGCCACGACGCAAGCUCCCCACCCCCCCUACCGCACACCAUGGACACACGCACACACACGCUCACGGCCACGCACUUCACAAGAGUAAUGGGGGUGUUGAUGUGUCCGAUUGUGAGACUCCCACUAAAGGAAGGCUCCUCCCAGACCCCUUGGAGACCUUACCCCGCGGACAGGACGACUACGACAGCACCCGGGAUUUUCUACGCCACACUGAGCGCAUUGUCACCUCCCUGCAGGCUCGCGUGGACCCCUGCGGAACAUUACGUGGCGCCUCGUUCGAAUCACACGACUCAGGCGGGGAUUCGGACUUAGACACCAGCACGUCUUACCCCAUACAGGACGAGGAACGACUCACCAAGCAGCUUAAGGCCCGGCUGAGGCUUGUGGGUAUAGAGGGAGCUAAGACACCGCCCAUUGCAAGCCCCAGAAGACCAGCAGUAGAGAAGUUUAGAAGGGAAAGGUCUAUUGUUUCUGACGGAGGUUAUGAGGGGUUUGUCGGGAGGGUGGAGGAUGGCAGUGGGCAGUCAGAUAGUAGUAGUGAUGGAAGUGGUCAUGGCAGUGCUGCUAAGGAUCCACGGAAAGUUGAAAAUAACCCUCCGCUCAAGUUUAAUCGUGCGUUUAGUUUACGGAGGGCACGAUUGGGCUGCGACGAACACCAGACCCCCAGCGCAGCCCACUAAGCCCCCAUCCCCAUAGACAAAAAGAAACAGGUGCGUCCUUCUAGUGCCGGCAGCCUCUCCACGUCCCGCAAGGUUCCACUGGGCCACACCAAGAGCCAGAGUAUUGGGGGCAUGAAAGGAGGCCCCCCGCACUCCACCACCAACACCUCGUCUUCUGCUAAAAGUUCCACCGUCAAUGAUUUUAGUCGUGGUGAUGGUGGAAGGUUUAGUCUGAGGUUGCCGCGCUCUGGUUCAACUUCUGCUGUCUCCAAGUCCCCAUCACGCGCCUCCACUCGCAAGGAGACCACUACAGCGGGUGUGGGCAGGCGGGGGGGAGCUCCUCGAUCCAACUCCACCCUGUCUGCUAAAGAAGUGGACUUUCAGAACUGGAAGAGGAGGAAGAACUACGACCCAAUGAAAGCAGCGGCGGAGGGGAGGAAGAAAGUGACAAACAAAGGAAAUGACAAGGUUUUGCAGAGUGGACCAGCCAGCACCUCGGAACGCUCUCCCAGCCCCCCUGGUUCUCUGCUACGAUCAGCGUCCUUCCACGGUACAGAGGGGAUGGGGGCCGCUUCAGGGCGAUGGCCACGUCCCAGACCACACCACCUCUACCCCAGUGAGGACGAAGGGCCAUAUUCACUGGAGGAGGAGCAGGCCCACCCAGUCCCUCACUGCUCUCCACUUCGCCGCUCGCCCACGUCCCCACAACAACUCUGCUCCCCACACACCACCUCCCCCGCCCACCAGCCACACGCCUCCUCCAGGGCGCGCCGGACUGCUUAUGCUCUCUCCGAUGAAGGGGAAGCCCAGGUCACCUCACCCACGCGGAAGACGUCGCUGGAUGAGUCAGGCAGUGAGGGGAAGCGGUCACCAAUCAGCAGCACAAGAGGCAUCGUGUCCAGCCGCUCCAAGGCAAAGAUGGAAGCGUUAGACAAUCUCGUCAUUUCCACCAUCCAUUCCCUCUCUGUCAAGGUCCGCACUACUUCAGAAACGCUCCUGCAGAAGUUGAAGUCCCAGUACGACGAGGAAGGCGACAGGGCGGCGUUACUUGAGGAGGUCCUGGCGCAUCUGAGUGAGAGCGACCAAGCGUUAGCGGGCAGUGGGGCGGGGCGGUCCACUUCCAGGGAGCUCGCUGGUAUAUUGAGGAACUUGAAGAAGAUUGAACACGCUCUGGAAGUAAUUGAUCGAGUAAUGGUUGGUGAUGACGAUGAUGAUGAUGACGAUGAUGAUGAUGACGCGGGGGUGGUGGGGGGCCCGGACUGGGGGGAGAGUGACUACUAACCCCCCUCCGUUCCCCUACCCCC